AAAGUACAAAAAGAGAAGACUGUAGUGUUGCUUAGUCGUCGGAGCAACGCACAAGACAUAGUACCGACGUGUGCUUCAGAUUUACAAUGACCCCUCUUCCUCCUUCUUCAUCGGUUCCUUCUCCUACUCCAUUUCAACAAAUCCUUAAUCUCUGAUAUCCACACACACACACACACACACACAAGGCGAGGAGGAUAAGUAGCAAGGAGACAGUCAGCGAUUCCGAUCGCGUAAAGGCAGAGCCUUUUUAUAUACCCAAGUUAGCAACUUCUUCUUCAACCUGCGAUCUCGAUUCUUUCUCUCCUUUUUCUAAGCAACAGAGUUCACAGGUCUGUCUUAUUACAUUGACGAUGGGUUGCUCCUGGUUCUCUUGCCACAAGAGUGGAGGAGAACCUUCAGAAGUUCAUAGAGAACUUUCAGUGACAGGCAAGGUAAAGAUUUACAAAUACAAAGAGAUUCGUCAGGCCACCAAUGAUUUCGAUGCCCUGAAUAAAAUUGGAGAAGGAGGCUUUGGCUCUGUGUACAAGGGCCGUCUUAAAGAUGGAAAGAUUGCAGCUAUCAAAGUCCUUUCCGCUGAGUCAAGACAAGGCGUGAAAGAGUUCUUGACCGAGAUCAACGUCAUAUCAGAAAUACAGCACGAGAAUUUGGUUAAGUUAUAUGGAUGCUGCGUUGAAGGGAGUCACAGGAUUCUCGUUUACAACUAUAUGGAGAACAUGAGCCUCGACAUGACGCUUCUUGCUGGGGGAUACAUUAAGAGUGGGAUACAGUUUGAUUGGAGAACUCGGUCCAGAAUCUGCGUUGGGGUUGCUAAAGGUCUUGCCUUUCUUCACGAAGAAGUACGUCCGCAUAUCAUUCAUAGAGAUAUCAAGGCGAGCAACAUUCUACUUGACAGAGACUUAUCCCCAAAGAUCUCUGACUUUGGACUCGCCAGGCUUAUGCCACCGAACAUGACUCAUGUCAGCACUCGUGUCGCCGGUACAAUUGGUUAUCUAGCGCCAGAGUAUGCGGUCAGGGGGCAGGUGACGCGCAAAGCUGACAUUUACAGCUAUGGAGUCCUUCUCAUGGAGAUAGUCAGUGCAAGAAGCAACAAAAACUCACGGUUACCCCAGGGUUAUCAAUAUCUUCUAGAAAGAGCUUGGGAUCUUUAUGAGCGGAGUCAGCUCGUGGAUCUUGUUGACACAGGGUUAAACGGAGUCUUUGACGCGGAGGAAGCUUGCAGGUACCUAAAGAUCGGUCUUCUGUGCACGCAAGACGACCCUAAGCUAAGGCCGAGUAUGUCCACAGUGGUGAAGCUGUUAACAGGGGAGAAGGAUGUAGAGAACCGGAGGAUAACCAGGCCGGGUUUGAUCUCUGAUUUCAUGGAUUUGAAAGUGAAAGGACCGGUCGAGAAAAAGACAGAGGAAGUGAACAACAGAGUCAACAACUACACGAAUCUUUCUUCAGAUAAUGCCUCGUCUAGCACCGGGACUAGAGAUAGCUCAUACGCUUACUCGUCAGGGGCUUCAUCAUCUACUACUGCGGUUACUACACUCAGCAGUACCAUUUAGAAAAGUAAAAAAAAAAAUUAUGUUUGAUGUUUCUUUGUGUUGCAUCUUCUUCUUCCUUGGACUCAAAUAGAAGCUUUCUGUUAAGAUUUUGAAUCGGUAGGAACCGCAAAAAAUGGCGGUUUUUCUGUCUCAGUGUUGUUUACGUUGUCUUCAGUUGCAAAAAAAAGAUUUUGAGUGUGUAUAUAUAAGGUUGAAACUGAA